AUGGAUCUGAACUUCAUUGAUCUUGCAUGGGCAUACAAAUCCCUUGAAUCAGGAAAAUAUGUGGAAGUACCAACUUUAGAGGCAGCACUUCAGACAUUCCAAGAUCUUUUUACAGGGGACUCCCAACUGAGAGGAGGAGAUCGAACUUUGGACGAGAAGAAGGUUCGCAAGAAUGCGGAAGACUUGAUGGCUGAGGAGGAAAGGGAGCGAAGGAAGAAGGAGAAGAGGAAAGAAAAGAAAAAGAGACAGAAAGAGAAAAAGAAAAGUGAACAUCCUGAGCAACAAUCAGAACAGAAUACACCCCAAAAACAGCUACAACAAAAUAGUUCCACUAAAUCCAAGAAAAAGAGGGCAAGGGAAGAAAGUGUUCGGUCAGCUUAUGAAAAUUAUCCAGACAGUGGUGCCAAUAAGGAGACCAGUGAAAAAAGUGAUGAAGAAUCUGAUAUUGAAACCAGAGAGGCUGAGAUGGCUGCAACCACCGAAGAGGAGUUACAGGAAGAGUCAGAUGACUUAGAUUUGAGAGCUGCUUUUGUAUCACAAGCUGUAGCUAAGCUCGCCAUUGGUGCUCCCACUAAGACAGACAAUAAGCCUCAGGGUGCUCGUAAAAAGACUCCAAUUGCACCGCAUGGGAGUAAAACAAAAAAUAAGAGUCUUGUGGAAGGAGAAGUGGAUUGGUUAGCCAAGGCAAAAGAACUUGCUCUUAAGGGUAACGAGCGAGCCAACGAACGAGAUUUAUCUGGGGCCAUCUCUUGGUAUACGAAAGCCAUCGAGAGGUAUUUGGAGGCAGAGCGAACAUUUGAGAAGGUAUUAAGCCUUGACCCGACCAACGAAGAAGCGAUGCUGGAUCAGCACGAAUCACGUCUCCGCCAGCUCCAUGCGAUGGGAUUUCCAUAUGAAUCCUGUAAUCUUGCCUUGAGCAAGCAUAAAACCAAGGAAAUGGCACUGGAAUAUCUGAUGUCAGGCUCUAAUGAUGCUUUGUUUCCUGUGGAAACUGAAAGUCAACGUGCUAUGUUCAACCAAUCAGCAGAUGAUUUAUAUGAUCCCAAAAUGGACCCCAGGAACCCUGAGAAUUCAACAUCCCUUUGGGUUGGGAAUAUAUCAGAUGAAGUCAGCCAAGAAACCCUUCAUGAACUUUUUAGCAGAUUCGGAACUGUCCAGAGUGUGAACUUGCUGUCUGCCAAGUAUUGUGCAUUUGUCAACUACUAUGCUUCAAGUCAUGCAGCUGGAGCCAUGAGUGCACUCCAAGGCAUGAAUCUGAAAGGGAGAAAUAUCCUCAUCAAAUUCCCUGACCGGAAAGGAUUCAUUAUGCCCAGUGCUUCUGGCUCACUCCUGAGCAGUACAAAAGCACAAGGUGCAAAGCCCAGAGGUCCAGUAUUCACAGAACAUGGUGAGGAAUGCUACUUUUGGCGUACUACUGGUUGCACGUUUGAGAGCAGCUGUCGCUACCUUCACGUGCCGCAGAACAAGGGCAUCGAUUGAAACGAGAACCGCCGGGAAGAUGCCAUCGGGAAGAUGAGCCAUUCGAACCUGUACGCCGUGGACCGCCUCGGUCGCCUCCUCUAUCUCCCGACCGAGGGUCACGAUUGGAACCAGAUCCCCGAUCUGGGCAUCGGAUUCAAGCGGGUUUCGGCCCACGCCGGCCACCUCUGGGCCCUGGGGGCGGACCAUCAGGUCUACGUCUACGUCCUGCCUCGGGCCACUCGGAUACGGGUCAAGGAAGAAGUCUACGAGAACCAGAGAUGGAAUCCAGCGACGGGUUUCGGUGGGAAUCUCCUGCCCACGGACCGCUCCCCCUUUUCCAACGAGGACGGGACGGUGGCGAGAGCGAAGGACGGGAUCGAGUUACCUAGUUUGGCAUGGGAUUGGGAGAAGGACUGGGAGAUCGAAGCACAUCUCGACGGACAUCCUCUGGAAGUUGCAGGAUGGACUUACGCCCUCGAUUUCCCUCGCACGUACCGCCCGGAGAAGUCGUGGAACUCGUGCGUCCGCCGCAGGAAGUGGGUGAGGUAUCGCAGGUACACGGCCGUCGAGUCCUGGGCGCCCGUUCCGCCCUUCCACGCCGACGCGUCCAAGGAUCCCUUCGGCGACGUAUCCAUCGGCGGAAACGAGAUUCCCGACGGUGACGGAGAUGGGCUUUCGGUGUGGGCCGUUACGGUGUUGGGAAAGGUCCUGUUUCGAAGGGGCGUGAGCCACUGCAACCCGGAAGGGGACGGGUGGGAGGAGGUCCCCACGCCGAGAGGACUCGAGCCCCAGGGAAUCGCCGUGGGACCGACGGGGCUCGUCUGGGCGUCGACGUGGGACGGGUGUGCCCUCGUGCGUGGCGGCGUGAACCGACUCGAUCGCAGAGGAACGGACUGGGCGAGGGUGGAAGCCCCGAGUCGCGAGAGCCGUCUCAAGCAGAUCGCCGUCGGGACCAACGUCGUCUGGGCCGUCGACCUCGAGGGGAACGUCUGGCUCCGUGGGGGCAUUCGAGGUCGGCGAGGUCG